GGCGCUAUGAACCGGAGCAAGGCUGCCUGUAAGACGUAUUAUGAGACGGUACACAGGAGCUUCAGAUAUACGCAGCCAGAGAACACGUUGCGGGCGGAAGCUGCCAAGCAUUCAGCUCGGAGUCGAGCUAGAAGAAAGAGGCUGCUGGAAUCGAGGCAGAGUGUGCUAGCUCAUGAGGAAGUGGAACUCUGGAAGUCCGCCACCGUCGACCUCAUGUCUGACGAAGAAGAUGGCAUCGUUGGCGGAUGGAUUGUACGGCCGCCGUCAUUUCGUAGGCCGGAUCUCUCUGAACUCUGUGUUAAGCUGCAGUCCCGGUUAGAGGCGACGCCGAAGUACAGAGCUACGCACAGUAGGCGUCUGCACAUCGGACCUGCCUCGGAGAGAAUGCUGCCAGUUACGUCCAACCCCGAGGAGGCAAACGGACAGUUCACGGAGUUGUAAUUUUUGGAUACGCAUGU